GCCCUCCACCACCGUGCCCCCCGGCCGCAGCAGCCCGCGCUCCUCGGCGUCCUUGACCACGAACAGCGCCGCCCGGUCCUUGAUGGACCCGCCUGGGUUCAUGAACUCGGCCUUGCCCAGCACCUCGCACCCCGUCUCCUCCGACAGCCGGUUGAGGCGAAUGAGCGGUGUGUUGCCGAUGGCUUUUCGUUGGGUUUAGCGCAGAGUCAGUCAAAAUGUCUCAUGGCUUCAUCCAUUGGGUGGAUAUGUGCAGCGUCGGCCGCUCAAGUGGUGGUAUUUGUGCAAUUGUAUGCUGAAGUGUUGUUGGCAUCUUGCAACGCUUUUGACAUCUUCGACACUCGAGCGUAUGCGUGCUUCUUCAUGUAUGGGUCUUGUCCCUCGGGUUGUAUUUACCUUCUGUGAGCCCCUUGGCUAUCCCCUGAGCCUUCGAGACGGCGAUGAGAUGCUGGCUCGGCUCUGCCAUGCGCAGCGCGUUGGUCGCAAACCUGCGAACGCCGUGGCGGAGCAUGGUGACAGACGUGCGCUUCCGCACACCAGCGCUGCGGCAAUAAUUAUGAGAGAUGAGGUGAGGUAGGUUAGGUGUUUAUGAAUGCCGUUAGGACUAAGGUCCAAGUCUGGCCAGAGCAAUGGAAAUAGACGUUAGAAGCGCCUUGUAGGGGACCAAAGUCUUAAACUCGGUUUGGCCUAAAAGCUAGAAACGAGACAGACAAGCUGAUGACAACCUAGGUAACCUCGAAACCGCUCAACCCAACACAGCGCAAGUGAGGUGGGUUCAAUGGUGGGGUCGUGGAGCUCUCAAUAUCAUCAGACAAUAGAUAAUGAAUCGAAGCCGGGAAGCCGG